CUGAUUGAUUACUGAAUAAUCUUUAUCUUGAUUUUCGUGUAAGAAAAAUGAUGCGGCUUGGAAUAUUUAUGACUCUGCUAAUAUUGGUAAUGAGUCAAACCAGAAGGUAUGAUAAUUAUCAAGUAUUUAGAGUGGUUCCCAAAACUGUACAGCAAAAUAAUAUACUCCACAAGAUGUCAGAAACAUUAGGGUACUCCUUUUGGGAUGGUCCACAUUUUGUGAAUAUUUCUACCGAUGUGAUGGUUUCUCCUGACAAAUUAAAUGAUUUUAAACAAUUAAUGAAUGUAUCUGAAAUUGAUUAUGACUUACAUAUUAAGAAUGUUCAAGAUUUAAUGGAAUCUGAAAAUUUGUCACACAAUAAAUUAAUUAACGCUGGAUUUGAUUGGAAAAAUUAUCAUACUUUAGAGGAGAUUUAUGACUGGCUAGAUAGCUUAGCCAAAGCUCAUCCAGAUAAGGUCCAGAUAAUUGUAGCUGGUAAAACCUAUGAAGGACGGGAUAUUAAGGGUGUUAAAGUGUCAUUCAAAGAAGGCAAUCCAGGUAUUUUUAUUGAGGGUAAUAUUCAUGCUCGAGAAUGGAUUACCUCGGCUACUGUGACCUUCAUACUGAAUGAAUUAUUAACUAGUCAAGAAACUGAGGUCAGAGAAUUAGCAGAAAAAAAUGAUUGGUAUAUAUUUCCGGUAUUUAAUCCAGACGGUUUUGUGUAUACCCACAACAAGGACCGAUUGUGGCGUAAAACUAGAAAACCUUACACUCGUCUUUGUUAUGGUUCAGAUCCUAAUCGAAAUUGGGGUUACAAAUGGAAUCAAGGUGGAGCAAGUAGUUUUCCCUGCGCUGAGACUUAUGCUGGGUCAGCUGCCUUUUCUGAUAUAGAGACCCAAUCAAUGUCUGAAUAUAUUACAUCGAUUGCCGAUAAGUUUUAUGCCUACAUAGCAUUCCAUAGUUAUUCACAGCUGCUUCUCUUUCCAUAUGGUCACACUACAACACAUCUUGACAAUCACGAUGAAUUGAAAGCUAUUGGUUUAAAAACUAUUGAUGCACUUUCUAAGAGAUAUGGAACAAAAUAUAUCACAGGAAAUAUUGCUGAAACUAUUUACAUUGCUAGUGGAAGUUCUAUGGAUUGGGUAAAAGCUAACUUUAGAACUAAGAUCUCAUACACUUAUGAACUACGAGACAAAGGAAACUAUGGAUUUUUAUUACCUGCGAAUCAAAUUAUUCCUACAGGACAAGAGACAUUGGAUUCACUAAUUGCACUGUUUAAAGAAGCCGAAGCAUACGGAAUACCACAAAGACAAUAAAAUAUAUAAGCAUGCGUACAUACUUCAAGAUCAUCACGAAAUUAUGUAUUAUUAAUGUCGUUCUAAUUAAAUAA